GAUGCCGACCUGUGGAUUCUGGAUGUCAGUCCAUGUUUCCUGGGGUCAUGUCAUGACUCAUGGGUAUGGUGGGGGAGCCCUCUCCGUCAGCACCUGGAAGCAAAACUGCGGCUUGCUUGGAGACUCCAGCUAUCCAUUAGAACCGUGCCUCCUGACACCAGUGCCCGGACGACCAGCUCCUGGCACUCCUGAGAACUACUACAACAAGGCCCACACCGCCAUGCGCACUGUUGUGGAGAGGUGCAGCGGGGUCCUAAAGAGCAGGUUCCAAAGCUUACAGCGUUAUCGGACCUUGCUCUACAAUCCCGAUCGAGCAGCCACCAUCAUUGCUGCUUGUGCAGCUCUGCACGAUAUCGCGUUGGCGGCACAUGAGCCUGUUCUCGAAGGGCAUGAUGACGACACCGACGAUGCUGAGCUGCUGCCAGCAGCAGCUGACCUACCACCACCACCACCACAACGGGAGCCAGCAGCAGCGCAACCGCGUAGUGAACCUGUUUCGAGGACCACAGGGCCUGCAUGCCAAGCACCUGCGCAGAGUACGCCGCCGCCUGCAACGACCUCGGCAGCAUUGUGUGGUGGCUUCCGCUGCAAUGAGGGCCCGGGCGAGGGUACCAACGCCUUGCAGUUCGUGGACCACGUCACCGAGAAGUUGAACCUGGCACAGCUUUCCAAUGAUGCCUGGCCCUGCCGCCUGGUGUUUGCGGCUAGUAACUCCAGCGCCUUGGCCUGCCGGUUGCCCACAUCUCGCAGCUGCGGCAUGAGCUGGAAACCAAGAAAUGUGUUGCCAUUAUCAUCUAUAAAUUUCCUGCUACCGACUCUUCGCUGGAAACUUAUGUUCGUGAAGAGUUUCAGUGUGUGCAACAAUUUCCUCUCUGUUGAAAAUCCACUGACCCAACGGCAUCCAUGAAUGGUGCUUGGUUCACCGCACAACCAACGCACUUCGUUUGGACAGACCAAAGCGGUGCCGAAAUUCAUUUUCGCUCAUCUCAUCAAACGCAUCUCACACCUCUAACCACCUCUGUAUGAGAAGCAACCAAACAGCCCUUUUCAGGGCUGCACAAUCGUUUGCCCGGCUUUACGAGAUGACUGACACAAUCUCCUUCCGAAACCCUAGCUGCUGCAGUAUGCAAAACACACAGCAAGCAGGUGUAACACAGGUGCAAACAUGUGCAUUUGUGUAUGAUGGCUAUGUGAAAAAGUUAUAUAACGAGCUUGCUUUUUGAACAGUAUAUUUAGCAACAGCACAUUUUCAGUUUCACUUUUGAAGCAAUUGACAAAAUAGGGAAACAUUUCAAGAUGUUGAACAUUUUUGCAAUGCAACUUUUUUGCUACAUUUCACCAUAACUGCAAGGCAGGACACCUGUUUAUUCCAUCUGACAGUUAUGCAUACAACUAGCUCCUGCAACCAUUUGCCAAAUUUUUUUUUGCGCAGCUUUUUGUCUUUAUGCCCACAGAUGUCAUCUCUUCACAAACAUAUGCCUGCACGCGUGAGCAUCACCUGUGAGCAUGUAACACCAUCUACAGUUAAUCAAAAACAUCAGUGAAACUUACGUGUUGGGGCACGGGGAAGAUCCUGGGCCACAUCCUCUUCAGCCACACCAGCAGCAGCUGGAGCAGGGCUCACCUGUUAUAGUAAGAAGUUUCUUGAUUGACACACUGAGUGCAAUAAGAAGUAUGGAGUGGAAGUGGACAAUAGCAAUGUUUUUUUAGAAUGUUUCAACAGCGGCAUGCUAUGACACACAGACUUCGGAGAGAGGGGUGGAGGGAGGCAAGCCUACUGGCUACGCACCUCACUCGACUCGAGGGUCUGAGAAAUGGGUUGGAACACGUAGGGUGCUCUAAUGAGCUUCGAAAUAUAGUUCGCGGCUGUUCU